CAGUGCAUGUACGRAUAGCAACGCAUCCAUGUAUGGUAUUGUGUACAGCUUUGAUUGAUAGACACAAUCAUUUGAGAGACUUAAAAAAUAGUACGACGAAAGUGACAUCGAUAUCCGACAUCAACGCAAAGUCCACAAAAAUACCAUAAUGAAUCUUAAGUCAAGGAUAAUCUCAGUGUAUCAUAUGGUAGGAUUGGUAGCAUUCGCUGCUAUAGAAUUGUCCCCAUCGAAAAUUGUCUCGGCUUCUGUGGAAGGUGAUGCUGCCGUGUCCGAAUUUUUAGGUAACUCCAGAAGUAACAAGAUGUUGAAGAAAUGUCGGCCAGUCGGAGAAAUUCUGUGCGAGACAGACGUCUUUGGAUCCUUCUGCGACCUCUUAAAAGAAGCUGAUCUGGAAAGUACCCUCAACCUAGAAAUUGACAACUUGCAAUUCACGGUAUUUGCCCCUACCAACACGGCCCUCGAAAGUUUUGAAAUCGAAUCUCUCUUGAUGUCUUCGAACAACUCAACAACGCAUGAUGAUCAGCUAGCGAGCAUGUUAAUGUUGCAUAUCUUACCCAAUGAAAAGGUCAAAAGGGCUGACUUGCAGUGUGAUAGCACCUUUGUCAUGGCCAAUGGAGACGAAACCAAAGUUACGUGUAUUACUAACAACAAGAACGAGACGGUGGUUUCUGUKAUCGGUCCUGGAAAUACCAACGACGAAGACCCAAGAAUYGUUGUCGCAGAUGUUGGUGCCUGCAAUGGCGUCAUUCAUAUUAUCGAUGGAGCUUUGCAUCCGAGUAGCGACGGUUUGUCGUCGCCGUCGUUGUGGACUCCAAUACCGCCAGAAGAGCCGGAACACAAACCAAUGGUGGACUGCAAAACAGUUGGUAAGUUCUYAUGUUGGCAGAAGACGGGAAUCUUCCCGAAUGGCACGAUUUACUAUGUUAUGCACUCUAUUGYCAAUGCCGAUUUUGUGGGCUGUUGACAUUCCCUGUGAAACAUACCACAUAUAWCGUUUUUAAAAGCCCCGUCCGAAAAGCGUUCGAAAUAAACCUUACCUUGUUUGAGGGGCUAUUUCRUAUCAAACGAAAMAAACAAAUCUAUAACCUCACUUUAUCUUGUGCUGUUAUCACUCGCUUCAAAACCAACAGAGGACAUUGUGUGUGAAAUGGAUGAUAUGACGAUCAUGUGUGGCUUUCUCCGCGGUGAAAACGCGGCGGUGGGUGUCGAAGAUGAUCRUACUGAUUUGUGGACCCUUUUUGCUCCGACCGACAGCGGCUUUGAAUACAUCCAGGACGUCCUGGACGGGCUAGAACCAAAGACCCUCUUGGACGUGUUCCAAUACCACACUGUUCUUGGAGAAGAGUUAUAUUCCGACCAACUAGUGUGCGAAUCAAGCCUAGGCAUGGGGAACGGUCAAGCCAGUUUUACUUCCUGCUCGCCCUACAGCGGUUACAYAUACCAGGAGGGACCUGGAAAUGUCACACCGCGGCAACCGCGGAUUAUCGCUUUCGAUCUUCCAGCAUGUAAUGGGUUGGUACAUAUUGUGAACAACGUUAUGCUUCCGGACUUCUGAGAACAAGAAAAAGACAGACAGAAGCGUUCCUUAGUGAUGCAUGUGAUGCCAUGCGGUAUMUUUUCAGUGGUGAGACUGCAAGUCUUCAGCCAAUCGAUACGUCCUUCUUUUCGAUGAUAUAUCAGGACAAAUAAUCCACAAAAAUUCUA